AAGCGGCGGCGGGGGCGCGGCCGCGCGCGAGGGGGCGUGUGAGGGGCAGCGGCGGGGAACGGCCGCCACCGGCACAGCCUCGGCCCGCCCGCCCGCUUGCCCGCAUGGAGCUGUCGGCCAUCGGCGAGCAGGUGUUCGCCGUGGAGAGCAUCCGCAAGAAGCGCGUGCGGAAGGGUAAAGUAGAAUACCUGGUGAAGUGGAAAGGAUGGCCCCCGAAAUACAGCACAUGGGAGCCAGAGGAUCAUAUCUUGGACCCUCGCCUGGUAGUGGCUUAUGAAGAAAAGGAAGAGAGAGACCGUGCAUCAGGGUACAGGAAAAGAGGUCCCAAACCAAAGCGCCUCCUACUGCAGCGGCUGUAUGGCAUGGACUUGAGGAGUGCUCACAAGGGGAAGGAGAAGCUCUGCUUCUCUCUUGCACGGAGGUUUGGAGGAGGAGACAGUAGCCUGCCAGGGGCCAAGACAGGGCAGGCAGAGUUCCCUGAGAAGACUGGGGGUGCAGUCCUGCCAUUCUCUCUCCGGAAGCAACGCAAAAACCAGAAGUACCUACGACUGUCAAGGAAGAAGUUCCCGCGCAUGGCGAGUCUGGAGAAUCGCAACUGCAGGCAUGAGUUCUUCCUGAAUGAUGCAGUGAGCCUAGAGGCCAGGCAGAGCCCUGAGGACUGGGAGGCCACGCAGCACACCAGCAAAGAAGCAGAUGUGGAUGCCAGUCUCCCUUGGAUCCCCACUGUGCCCCCCAGCGAAGUGACAGUGACAGACAUCACGGCAAACUCCAUUACCGUCACUUUCAGAGAAGCACAAGUGGCUGAGGGCUUCUUUCGAGACCGGAGUGCACAGUUCUGAAUCUCUGUUUGCAGUGCUCCCCAAAACCUGUGCUUUUAGGGUGGGGCUAGGGAAGGGUUACAUUAUCCCUUAAGAGAAAAAAAAAAAUCCAAAAUGUCUCCUCUUAAAAAUGUUUACAGAGACCUUUUUUUUUCUCCUUUUUCCCCUUUCAGAUACGCAAAAAAGGGCAGUGUAGGGGUGUGUGUUUGUCAUUGCUUUGUCCAGCUGAAAAACUGACAGCCCUUUCCCUGGCAAAGACUCCCCUCCUUGAUGUGAAAGCAGCAAGCUGAACAAUUCGCCUUUUAUCCUUUUAAGUGGCGGCAGCUGCAUUUGUGGGGAGAGGGCAUGCGGAGGUGGAAAGAGAGCUGGAUCUCUAGCCUGCUGCCUUGUUCUGCAAUUGAUAUCCCUCGGAUAAAGAUACAUCUCUGUGCAUUGCUCUUCCCACCUUCCUCCUCCCUCUCUUCCUGCAGCAGUGAGAGGCGAUGGAUUCUACCUGUAUAGAUAACUCCAGCCUGUUAAGACUUUCCAGUGCUGUUUCCCCUGUGGCCUGUUGUCAGGACUUCAGAAGCGUAUUUACCUGUCUGUGGUAAGUCAGUCUUUGCAGGACGGGUCCAUGUAGACAGCAGAGCUUUCUCUCUUUGAUUGUUGAUCAUGUGGAAAGGCUGAAAUGCAUCUCUGAAAUCCAAAUUGGCAACAUAAAUUCAAUUUGCCCUUAUUAAAAGCUCAGAAAGCCAGCAUAGUUGAGACACGCCAUCCUGUAUAUGCUAAACAGGAUUUCCAGGCUUGGCUCUGCUGCGUGAGGAAUGCGUUACGGAAAGUGGGGUCUUCUUACCCUUUGCCAAAUUCAGUAUUAAUAACAAAUCCUGCCCUGAAUCUGUGGUAAUAAGUUGGUUGAAAACCGACUCCUCUCCCCUGGGAGGAGGAACUAGUAGGACAACUGAAGCAUUGCCUGGCACUGCAGAGAUAUCAAAGAUAGUGGCACAGGCCCAGGACACAGGAAUUGGACAGAACUGAGCUAGAAAUGGACCUUGAUUAGCAGCAAAUUCUGUUCUUAGAUUCCAUAGAGAGAUCCAAAAUAAACAACAUGCGGGGAAGGCAUGUAUUAGAUUUAAGGAGGGGAAAAAUUCCUAAUUCUUAGCAAUGAGAAUUCUUGGAUUGUGCUGCCUGAGUGAUACUCUUCCAUGACUCCAGUAUCCUCACAGUAUCUGUGAUCCUGUACUACUUUACUGAUAGGAACUUCCCCUUGGAAGGCUUAAAAAUCUUUGCCAAGGAAAGCGGUCUGCAUUUCAAUAGACCUGCCUAAUCUUGCACUUAAAAAUGCCUUGUGCUGGACUGCCUGUGACACUUUGAGGUUUUUGAAGAAUUGCUGUAUUUUGAAUUGGUAUAGCAUAGUAUCUGUUCUGCACAUGCAUGUUCUCUUCCAUUUUUAAAAGCAAAUUUUAUUUAAAUAACUUAAUUUUUAAAAUAUAGACCUUUUCCAAUGGAAAGCAAAAAAAGUAAGGUAGUCUGAAGUGGGAACUGCAGGACAGAGUGCUGCAGGGUAACAUUGGCUACUGUCAUGAUUACUGUCCUCAAAUUCUGUUUCCUUACUCCACCCCACCUGAAACAUCUGUUAUCUGCUGUAUUUAUUCAAAAUGAAGCUAUGAGCCUUCUUAGCUCUGAGAUAAAGACACCUGUGGAAAUCCUCAGUGUGUUUGUUGGAGGGGCUUGGCUCCUGGCCUGCAGAAUUUGGGAGCUCUAGGGUUUCUGGUCCUCCAAACAUCUACUUAUUAUAAAGUGCUUGGACUACCACUGUGGGUUUUUACUAGAAGCAGUUUUUACCUCAUUUAGGAUAUGGCAGCUCAGUGCAGAUUUAGGAUUUCCCCUUCCAUCUCAGAACUGUGGGAGCAGGUCUGUCUUUCAUGCCAUCAGAGCAGUUUCAGGAUCGCUGGGAAGAUCUUGAAUUUCUGGGCUGACCUUUUUGUCUCUCAAAGGAGUAAGAUGGAAGUUUUAUCAUGGAGAAAUCUGAGAGGGUGAGAAGUGGAAGCUGGGGGGGAAUUAUGUGGUGGGAGGAAGAGUGAGUGAAAAAGAGGCUUGCAAUAGCUAGCAAGGGCAAGCUGAUGAGGUAAGCGUGCAGGCGCAGGAUGUUUGUUGAACGUGGGUGUCCAGAGCGAGGCUUCUGUGUCUGGAGUUGCACCCUUUUUUGCAGGAUGUGGGGUCAGACGGUGGUGUUACCUUCACCCACACACCCCCUCUUCCUGACACCUGCCAGAUACGCUGAAUACCUGCAUCUCUCUUCUGUUGUGGCCAGUGGACACAACACAUGGCCAGGUCCACUCCUGUGGGUUGGAGCAGGUAGUGAUGGUUGCAGAAGCGCAGUUUUUUAGCUUAUUUAAAAAAAAAAAGUCUUGAACUGCAGCUCAUCCUGCUAAAUCUAAUGCUAAAUGGCAUUUAUAGGAUCUGGUUUCUUUAUUCUAAUGCAGCAACUGCUGCCUUUGUCAUGUCUUCAUCUCAGUGUACAAAAGCACCCAAAAAGGCUUCUUAUUUACUAAGUUCCUGGCUUUGGCUGACCUUGGAAGCAGUAUCAAUCCUGCAGCAGGAAAGAACUUGUCCUAAUAAACUAGAUUUCCAUCCUCUGCUUUUCUCUCCACUUUCCAGCUGACACUUCUCAACACUUUGUUUUGGCAUUUUUCUUUAAACAUAUUUUCUUUCUCUUGCAGUAGAGUUUUGAGAGACCUGUGGUGGUCUUUCAAAGAGGAUCCACCCACAGCUUCAUAUCUUAAUCAUUUUUUUGGAUCAGGCUAUCUAGUGUUCUCUAGUGACUAAUCAUCUUGCUACACGAAGUGUGGAACAAAAUACCUGGCUGCCAUGCUGCUUUGUGUCAGUGAGGAGCUAACCAUAAUGGGGUUAAGACACAACAAGCUGCAUGUGCGUGGGAUUGGAGGGGAGGGUGUGAAGAGGAGUUUGUGGUAGGAAACGAAGCAGUUACUUCGUUGGCGUGGACUUUUUUUUUGACAUUCAUGAAUUCUUGUUUAUCUCAAAGAACUUCUUGAGAAGAUUUUUCUCCCGAUCUUUUUAAAAUGUGGCUCUGUUCCACGUUGUCUGCUGACAUGUCACUGUAAACUUCCUUGGUGGAGCUGGUUUUCAGGGACUUUAAAAUUAGCUUUAUUGCACCUCUGCAGGUGUAGAGAGGGUUUUGCCAGUGAUGGAAAGACAGGUUAUCUGGGUUUGUCUCUUCUCCCCAAUACUGUCCUAUGCCAGUUCAACCCAAAACCUGGCAAUUGAAUUGGGACCUCCUGUUCUAACAUAUCAUGAAAAUCAGAUGCUGUGUUUGGAUCUUUGUUAAGCAUUCCGUUUGAUUAGAAGAGCCAGAAUAGCAUCCAGCUGAAGCUGAGUUUAAUAAUUCUAUUUGAAGCCCAAGCCAAGAAUAGAAAUGGGCUAACUCUCCCAUACCUUGUUUGGCUCCGUGGCUGUAAACAAGAAAAAUAAAUUUCAGCCAGUGGAAAUUACUGAACUGUGCACAAGAAACAACAGUUCUCAGAGAACUGCUCUAAUAGUCAUUCUUAGAACUGUUUCCAAGUGAAAAUUUACCAGCAAUGUUGGGGGACAGAAGUGUUUAUUUUAUAGAUCUUGCAGUGAAUUCACUGUAUAUGUGGUAGACCUGAGGGACUUCAUGAGACUGGAAAGCCUUUUUUUUGUUAACACUGUGUUUAAAAAAAAAUCCAUAUGGAAAGGACUGCCUCUGUUCCUGGAUGGUUAUAAACUAGAUGUUAUUGCUCUGA